AUGGCUGGCUAUGCCAAUGCGGCAGCUCCGGCUGCGAAUACCUCCGCUGUGGAGGAGCUCCAGCGCCGUGCGGCAGAGCUGCGGCAGGAGUUGCAGCAGGUCGAGGCUGAAAUCGAGAGAGAGGAGGCGCUGCUGAGUGCUGGCACGGCGCAAAAGCUCCACCACCGUCCCAGCUAUUCGCUAUUAAAGGGCACCGAGGACGAGGCUCCCCCUAGUGGUCUGGUCCGACAAGUUAGCGAUCAGAACUUCGACGAGAUCUUGAGGACAUUUCCACCUCUGGAGAUCUCACCCAUUGGGUCCUACAACCACUGGGACCGGCGAGAGUGUGCUGUGGCCAACGCAGAGGCCUGGAAGGGCGAGUGCUCCAGGUACCAGAAGGCGGUGCUGAAGGGGAAGGCGCAGAUUCCGAAGGUAAUCCAUCAGAUCUGGAUCGGCCCCAAGGAGCCUCCUUGCCUCUGGAUUGAUACCUUCCGGGUGGAGUAUUUAGCAGCCCAUCCGGACUGGUCUUUCCAUCUCUGGAGUGACGACGAGGUGGCCAAGCUGCCGAUGAUCAACGACCAGAUUUACCAUCAGGAGAAGAUGUGGCAGUGCAAGGCCGACAUCCUUCGCUUGGAGUUCCUCUGGCACCACGGAGGUCUCUAUGUGGAUGCGGACAUGAUCUCCGUAGAGCAGAAAAGCCUGGACCGCAUCCUUGAGCUCGGCAACGAGACCGGCUGGGUCAUCGCCUAUGAACCCGACACCAAAGACAAGCCUUACUCCAUCCUGGGCAACUCUGUGAUUGCGUGCACGCCUCAUCAUCCGCUGACCUUGAUGCUCAUUCUCUUCCUAAAGCAGACGUACCACCAGAAGCGCAACCACAUCGAGGUCUUUGCUGUUACGGGGCCCGUGAUGUACACCAAAUGCUUGGUGGAUAGCGGCAUGCCGAUCUCUCUUGCACCACAGGAAUGGCUGUAUCCGGCCUUCCAUUUUGUUCCCAACCCUGAUGCCAUCAACUUCUCGGCGUUUCCAAAAUGUCUCAUGUUCCAGUUCGGGUACACCUGCUCUGGCCUGGAGGGCUAUGUGAAGUCCAAGAACCGCUGCAAGAAGGCUCGCCAGUGCCCCUUUCACUCCAAGAAGGCCUGGCCGCUUGGGGCCUUCAAAGAGCUUCCGAGCAUCGAGGAACUGGAAGCCAAGUUCAAGUCGCAGCGAGCUUCCAUACCGCAAGUCAUCCACCAGGUGAUACCGGCCGGCCUGGACUCACACAACGACCCGCAGAGGUGGAGGCAGAGCUGGUACGACUCUUUCUGCCAGAGCCAUCCCGGCUUCAAGUACAGGACUUGGACGAAGGAGCAGCUUCAAGGGCGAAAGUGGUUCUGUGCGAACCUUUAUGUGGAGCCCUGGGACGACCAUGCAGUCACUUCGCUGAUGAUGGAGGUGCUAUUCGAGGAAGGCGGCUUCUACGUUCCGCUCUCCACGUUGCAUCAGCCUGGCUUCAGUGAGGACCACUUCUUCCUGGAGGCAACCUCAGAUGAAGAGAUAAAUUACAUCGAGGGCAACGGAGGCGUAGUUGGCGUGGCCAAAGGCUCUCCGGAAUGCUUCCGGCGUCUCAUGGAUCUGUACGACUGCGGUCAUGUGCCAGCGAUGGCAACGCCCGGCCCAGAUGGGCCUCGGGUGGUGCAGAUGGGCUUCCGAGACGGACUCGUGUCGCAAGCGCGCUUCUCAGCUCAAACUCAGUACCUGGGAGCACCGCAGGUGAUCGCUUUCAGCAGUGUGUCAGAUAAGCGGCUUGAGCUUUCCACACUGAGCUACGCGUAUGAAUGCAUGGUCCCGUGCCUGGCCGUGCGGGGAAUCCCCGCUAUGAGGGCUGCCGUGGGGGAGAUGGGCCUUUCCUCGAAGUCGGUCUUUGUGACGGACCGGGAGUUCUUUCAAAUGGAUCGCCUUCGACAGGAGAUGCCCGGAUUCCUGGACCAGCUAGGCCCCCACGACUGGGACGCGGUGAUCCUUGGUUUGGAGUGGGACACCGGCUCAGAGGAAGUCGUCAUCUUCGACCUCGUUCCAGGCGGGCGGCCUCGUUCUGCCAAGAUCGCCGGCUUCGUGGCGAACUUCGGCUGCGCGCCCAACGAGGCGGCUUUGCAGGCUGCAUUGGCCAAAUGCCUGGCAGAGGAGGACUUCGAGCCUUCUCCUCUCUUCGAAGCUGCCGGUCAGCUGAAGCUGCGUUUCCUUGCCGAGAAGUAUGCAGGUAGCAUGGAAGAGGCACGGCUUUUCCGAAGCAUGCCUUUGGUGCACCGUGCCUUCAAGAACCUGGCUGGUCAUGAACCCCCCAUGCACUUCGAGAACCAUGAGCUCCAUGGAAAUUUGAUGAAGGGCUUCCAUUCUGGUGGGAACCUGCGGUUCGAGAUGAUUCUGGAGCCGAAUGGUGGAAUCAUGUUCCGGUGCUGGAACGACGACAACUCCACCAACUCGGAGGUGAAGAUGAGCGACAGCGUUGUAGAGUGGCUGAAAGUGUACUUCGAUCACCAGGUCAGACAAGAAUGUUGGGGCCGCGACACCAUCACAGCUUCAGCAGCAGCGUUAGCUGCGCCGCCAGAGGAUAACCGAACCGAGAUGGCCUUCCGAACAUCUCUGGCUGUUAUAGUCCUCUGGCAGCUGUCCAGUGCAGACGAGCUGCAGAGGCUUGCAGACUGGAGUUUGGAGGAAUGUGGCAAAUACAAGAUCUGCGACUUCUUCUGUGAUGUGGACUACUAUGUUUAUCCUCAAAGCUCCUGUCAAGAGUUUUGCCACAGAGAUAUUGAUGACCUUUGGGAUGUUUUUGAUUCCUUCUGUGACAUUGGCCUCGAGUACAUGGAUGGAGAGUUCUGCGAUGAACUGUGUCACGAAGGGUUUCAUUGCGAUGGCGAUAGCUGCACGAAGUGCAACAGCCGAUGCUAUGAGACGUAUUCCUGGAUCUCCAAAGUAUAUGAUGCUUGUGCAGACUGUGAUGACGGGAGCUUCGGGCAAAGCCCUUCUGCUUCCGCAGUGGCCGCCACGACCACCACAACCACCACAACCACCACAACCACCUCGACCUCCUCGUCCACCGUGACCACCCCUGAGGUGUGUUCGGACUUUGCGUCCUGGUGCCCGGCCCUCUGCGGAGCCGUUGGGGGGAGUUCGCCUGGGGAGGAUUGCGUCGCCGCGUGCGAAGCACGGAAAGGUGACCUGACAGCAACGGCAAGGACCUACUGCCGAUGUGGCUUCUGCAGCCAUUACGCUUGGCUGGAAGCGGAGACAGCGAGCCUCUUGCAGACGCAGAAGCCAAGCCCGGGAAGGGAUGGAGAGGAGGAAGGCUUUGAAGAGUGCAAAUGCCGAAGCGAAGUGGAUUAUUGCCAGAAGAUUUGCAAAGGUCUGAGCUUGCAGGGCGAUGCAGAGGCUUGUGCCCGCCAGUGCUACGGGGAUGCGAAGCUUGGCCCUGUCCUGACGGACUACUGCACCGCUGUGGCCGCCUGCUGA